AACAUCCACUUUCAGCCAGGAUUAUUGUGGGGAGUUGAGUUGCAGUCUGGUGGUGCUUCAGAAAUGUCUAACGCAGAAGUCAUUGCUUCCCGACUUUUGACGUUUAAUCAGAUGUAUAGUUAUGAAAAGCGACUACAGACUUUUUCCGAGUGGCCUUUUCGAGAAGAUUGCCAGUGCACACCAGAGUUGAUGGCCAAGGCAGGUUUUGUGCACUGCCCUAGUGAGAAUGAGCCAGACGUAGCCUGCUGUUUCUACUGUCUCCGAGAGCUGGAGGGCUGGGAGCCAGAAGACAACCCCUGGUCUGAACACGCCAAGCGCUCCCCCAACUGUGCCUUUCUUCAUAUGAAAAAGACAUUUGAUAAGCUCACAGCCAUUGAGUACUUUCAGCUGGAACAGGAGCGGCUUCGCAUCUACAUUAAGAAGAUGGGUCACAGGAAGAUAGCCUUCUUUCGUGAUGAGGUGGAGACCACUAGUAAAAACCUGAGAGCUCUUAUUUGAUAUCUAGUGAGGCUAAAUUAUUUUAAUGGUAUACUGUUUGUGAACUUGCACCAAUAAAUUAAGUGUUUUUAUGUUCCAUAAA